GUAACGCCGCGUUCACGAGUUUACGGAAGUCAUUGUUACUCUAAAGUUAUGAAGUCAUGAGCGGGAUUACUGCAGAGAAGAAGAAAGGUUCCCAUCGAGCGUUUGAAGACCUGAGCACGUUUUUAUCCUGCACUGCUGAGGAGUGUGUGUUCUGUCGGACCAAACAACUGGCCAAUAAGGAGCACCUACAAAAAAAACACCUCAAAGAGGCCGUCUAUUUCUCAGAUCAAGGCAAAGAAAAGUUUGUUGUAGCUUGCUACUGCAAGGAUGCAUCUACAAACUCUAAAAGGAGCCACUACCACUGUCCUGUCUGUCAAUAUCGGUCAUUUUCAAGGAAUUUCAAUUUUACAAAGCACUUGCAAGUUGUACACGGGAUUACUGCUGAGAAGAAGAAAGGGGGAAAGGACACAAGCCUCUCAGAGGACAUAAACACUGGAGACAGCAGCCCUCACGUUAAGAGUCCUGCAGAAAACCUGUAUGUGUGUCUACGCUGUGAUUCCACUUUCAGUGAACCAGACCAUUUAAACAGACACCAGAGUGAAGCACACAAACCAAGCAGCACGUCCAUGAAGUGCACUGACGUCCAGAAUGGUUCAAAGAACGUGGCUGGUUCCCAUCGAGUUUUUGAAGACCUGAGCACGUUUUUGUCCUGCACUGCUCAGGAAUGUGUGUUCUGUCGGACCAAACAACUGGCCAAUCCGGAGCACCUGCGAAACAAACACCUCAAAGAGGCUGUCUAUUUCUCAGAUCAAGGCAAAGAAAAGUUUGUUGUAGCUUGCUACUGCAAGGAUGCAUUUACAAACUCUAAAAGGAGCCACUACCACUGUCCUUUCUGUCAAUAUCGGUCAUUUUCAAGGAAUUUCAAUUUUACAAAGCACUUGCAAGUUGUACACGGGAUUACUGCUGAGAAGAAGAAAGGGGGAAAGGACACAAGUCUCUCAGAGGACAUAAACACUGGAGACAGCAGCCCUCAUGUUAAGAGUCCUGCAGAAAGCCUGUUUGUAUGUGCACACUGUGAUUCCACUUUCAGUGAACUAGACCAUUUAAACAGACACCAGAGUGAAACACACAAACCAAGAAGCACAUCCAUGAAGUGCACUGACGUCCAGAAUGGUUCGAAAAGUGUGGCUGGUUCCCAUCGAGCUUUUGAAGACCUGAGCACGUUUUUUUCCUGCACUGCUGAGGAGUGUGUGUUCUGUCGGACCAAACAACUGGCCAAUCAGGAGCACCUACGAAACAAACACCUCAAAGAGGCCGUCUAUUUCUCAGAUCAAGGCAAAGAAAUGUUUGUUGUAGCUUGCUACUGCAAGGAUGCAUUUACAAACUCUAAAAGGAGCCACUACCACUGUCCUGUCUGUCAAUAUCGGUCAUUUUCAAGGAAUUUCAAUUUUACAAAACAUUUGCAACAUCAACACGGGAUUACUGCUGAGAAGAAUAAAGGAGGAAAUCACUUCAGACAAUCAAAUGGCAAAACCGCUCGUGACAGGAGCCCUCACAUUCUCGGCUUAUUUCCGUGCCCGCACUGCGAUUCCUCUUUCAACGCAUCGAGCAAUUUAAGAAGGCACCAGAGAGACGUGCACAGUUUAAACAGCAUCCCCAUCAUCUGCGUCGACCGGCACACUGGUAUAUUUGUUACGCCUCGAUACGACCACAGCCCUUUCCUCCCCAUCCAUAUUGUAAAAUCAACGAGCCCACCGGUCUUCGGCUGUGAACUCGACAGCUGCCAGGAGUCUAUGGAGACGGGGCGAUUAUCAGGAAACCCUUCCAAAGAGUGUGAACACCUCUUGAGGACGCGAUAUGUAAAGUCGUACACGCCACCUGCCAUUCUAACACUGGAGUCCUUAAAGGAGAUGGAACGGAAAGGACUUAUUUCAAAAGAGUGGAGCGAACAGUGCGAGUUACUGCACGGCACUGCAGCUGAAAAUGGAGUCGACUCGGUUUACCCCAUUCUUUACGGGGAUAUGGGCUACUCCAAGAGAAUGAUGUUUUUUUCAGUGUACACUGACAAAAGUGACAACUGGUGUAAAUUUGGUCGCACAAGAGUCAGCUUUGACUCCGUGUCUGGAAAGUGGAGCUGUCAGUGUGGAGAGGCGGGCAAGUCACACGGGUGUCUCCACCGCAUGUUGUCCAUGUGGUGGAUUUUCCAAGAGUCGCCACGUCUCCUGUUACCAGACAUGGAGGUUCUGGAACGUACCAUCAGAAAAGGCAUUUUAUAAACUCCUUUGGAUCUCAGAAUUGUAUGAAUCAUUUCUAAGAUUGUCUAAGAUUGUUUUGGUGUCCAAAAAUCUAAGCUGUAACCAGGGCAGCUGGACUUUCUCCACUCAUUGUUAAUGGUCAGAUUUUUUCCUGUAAAUGAAUGAACCGUCCUCUAACGACUGACUAUCUCAAGAUUUGAUUGGGCGUGAACCAUUUUGAGGACAGAUGUUGGGACUUUGAUGUAAACUGAUAGCAAAUAAUAUCUCAGUCGACCUCCCUUCUCCAGAGAAAAGGUUUUUCCAAUCUUAUCAGAUUAGCUUCCUCUUUCAGAGCAUCUUCUUCGUCUUCUCUUGCUAUCAUGUAUAAGUUGUUGUCCUCAAAGUAAAACAGGAUCGAAGUGGCUUCCUCCAGUUACAGGUAAGUAUCUGUUCAUUAACGGGGCAUAAUUUUCCUAAUAAAAUCCCAACUCUCUGCCAAACCAGUCAUUUAGAAGUGAAGAAGCUACUUGGAUAAAAUGUCUUCAAGACACCCAGCAAGUCGAGUUGACCUUGUUUCUGCUUGCUUUUUGGAUAUAUCACGACAUGGAUGACUGAGAAGCUCCAGAUAGAAAAUGUUCAGACGUCUCGUAGAGGUGCCUUCUUCUUUAUGCAGGUUUUCCCCCGUUUAUGUUAAAUAGGGGGGCUCAUGCUUUGGUUUUAUUGUUUUACAUGUAGUUAAGUUAGUUUGGUUCCUUCUGUAUAUAUGAUAUACUGAUGUUAUUAUUAUUGUUAUUAUUAUUAUUAUUGUUAUUAUUAUUAUUAUUAUUAUUAUUAUGUCAUUUGUCCAACUUCUGGUCUGUUUGACAAGUUUAAAUGAGGGAUGUAUUUUACACUGUUUUCCGUUGGUUCUUUCAUUUUGUCCCCUGGACAGAGGUCUGGCAAUUCUCAGUGAUGAUGAACAAAGGAGAUAUCUCCAGGAAGGGACAUUUUAAGACACUAUCUUUGUUAUCAACCUGUAAACUCCACACCCUAGGAUCUCUAUGGAAUCACAACCUCACAUUAACCUCACACUAACCUCACAAAGUCAAAAGGCAAAAUCUGGAUGAAUUUAUCUUAUUGUUAUAGUCACUGUUGGGCAAGUUACUUCCAAAAUGUAAUAUAUUUCAUAUUACAAGCUAUAAGUUUCUUUACAAUAUUACCCUCUGUGUAGAGUAAUAAGUUACUUAUUACUUUUUAGUUACUUUCCCCAAAAUAAACAUUUAGGACAAGGCAUUACAAAAUGAAGGUGUGCAAUAUAUUGUCAUGACGAAUAGUCCUUUUAAUAUUUUUACUUGUGUUCUUUUAAUCUACUACGAAGUAUAUGAACUGCAAUUUACAUUGCAUAGUUUUAAAGGUUUUAAAGGACAGUGAGACACAAAUCUCUACGUCAUUACCCCAACACUGGUUAUAGUAUAUACACAUAGUAUAUAGUAUCUUUGUAUAUACUAGUAUAGUAAUAUAUACAAGUAUAUAGUACUAUAUACU